AGUUUUGCGGAGAUCAUUGUGAGAUCAAGAUCAUAAAAUUAUUUGGUUAUCGAUUGCUGAAGCUUUUCAAAGGGGUCAUUUAAAUAAAAACUGCUGAAGAUAGAACAUUAGAUCACCUAAAAGUGCAUCAUUAUCUGGAACGAAAAUUGGUAUUUGCUCAAUUUUAAACGAAAAACUUUUCCAAGAAUCUGUGCAGAAAGUUAUGAAAAAGUUAUUUUUACUUAUGUGAUUUUUUGCUCCCGGGUGUAGUGAAUUGGUCUGAGAACUCAUAAUAUUGUUGGUAGAGAAUGUCGAAUCAAAUGUUUAAUAGGUCAAUGCCUAACUGGGUGUCUGAGCAAACAGGAAGAAUUGGCCCAAACCCACCACCAUUACCAACUAAGAGAAAUAAUCCCGAUCCAGAUUACGAAGUGAUAGAUUUUUCUAGUCAGCAAUAUAGUAAUUCAGUGCCAUCGAAAGUUAUUAAAGAUAUCAUGCAGAAAAGUCCCUCUGAAGUUGGCUUGAAAUGUGAACUUUGUGGAACUAUCGGCCCUGUCAUCAAGUGUGAACAAUGCGUUAAGAAUUUGUUUUGCUUCACAUGUGAUGACAUGUUCCAUCGUCAUCCAAAGCGUCAAAAUCAUUUAAGAAAACGUGUUGAGUUUGUCAAUGUACGACCACCAUUACCACCAAAAAACACAUCACAGCCACAAGCACCCGUUCCACCUCCAAGACGAAAUAGAAAAAGUUGUUUGUCAAGUCCCAUGCCGGAAAGAAAGGAUCAGGCCUUUUCAACGAAGCAACAACAGAAAAACGCUUCAGUAUUUAAUGCGUCGCUUAGAGAGAAACUUGAGAAUUUAAAUAGGGUGACCAGAACCAUGCCAGAUGUUCCAUUGCCAGGCUCGAGAAGGAUGCAAAACAGACCUAAAAAUAAUAUUUUCGAUGCCAUCAAAAAGCCACCAUCAGUGGCGAUGGAAAAGAUUCAAAGCACAACUGCCGCAACUUUAGAUCGAAUGGCCAUACUUCAGCAACGCUAUCGACAACAUAAAGAAGCAAUGAACUCUGAUAAUUCAAGCGAUAAAAGUAGACGAACGAGUACAACUUCAACGAUUGACAGCACUUCGUUCCCCUUGAUUAAUCGACCACCUUUGCCUCCACAUUCUGUAAUUCACAACCCUAAUCACUUGGAAAACGGUGUUCCAAGAACCGACAGUUUUUCUUCCAUGUCAAACCCCCCACUUUCACCUCAGAGUUAUUCGAAUCAUCAAAAACCUUUCAUCGACCAGGUUCAAGCAUCUUCAGCACGUCGACCAGUCCCCAUACCCGGGUCAGGAACCUUACCAAAUCAUGCUGGAAGAAAUAUGAGUUCAUCAGUGUUUAAUCUGAAUCAAGGUGGUUAUCCGCAGCCCGGUUUUGUACCUCAACAGCCAAACCCAUGGGGAAUGAAUCCGAUGAAUCAGGCUCACUCAAUGGCGCAAUUGAAUAUGAUGGGAAAUCAAUGGAAUUUACCAUCUCAGGGAUGGCCAGGAAGUAAUUUUAAUGGAUCCAACAUGAGUCUUAACAUCCCAAAUUCUUUCGUUCAAAACGAUCAAACGAUGUGGCAUUCUUGGAUGCAACAACAGCAAUUUGGAUUUCCAGUUAUGCCAAAUGUCAUGCCAAUGAGAUCGAUGACUCUCUCUCGCGCAGCGUCACCCUCAUUGAGUGUUCGAUCGAGACGUUCAUUAACAACUUCAAGAAGUCGUCAUAAAUAUGUUCCACAAGAUUUAACUGAUGACGAGGAUUCUGACAUUGAAAACUUCACGGAUGAUUCUCGUUCAAGAAAACGUCUCGAACGUCGACCUCGUAGAAACCCAGAACAAAUUGAGUUGGAUUAUCGUGAUAAUGAAGUUAUCAAUCGCAUUCAGAAAAUGAAAGAAAAGUCGAAAUUUAUUAGAGAAAGAAGAAGUGGAUCGCUGACUAAUUGGCCGACGACAAAGGAUAGAGAUAGCGGAAGCUUGACACCUUCGGAUGAAGAAAUAAAAAAGACAGCAGUAAAACAACGAAAAUCUUCAUUGACGUCACCCUCUAUCCCACAAAGCCAAAAGUUUUUAUCUGAUUCAACAUCCGAGAAAGAAAAAGAAGAAGAAGUUGUUAAUCCUAAGAAGAAAGAAUCAACUUCAAAGUUUACGCAACCAUUGAGAAGUGAUUCUGCAUCCGAAAAGGAAUUAAUUAAAGAAAAUUCUCCACCAAUUAAAGAAACAAAUAAAACAAAAAAGAAAACUCAACCGGAUUCUGAUAAUGAAACGGUGUACAAAAAGUCCCCUGAAACAAAAUUAGUUAGCGAAAGUCGACCAUUAAAAAUUGUAACUCAUUCUGUUGUGAAGGCGAAAACAUCAAACAUCGUGAAUAAUAAUAACAAGGAAGGGGAAAACAUUUCUCAACCGGAAAAGCUCAUUAGGAGUGUUUGUUUUGUGCCUCAUGUUGUUUUAUCUUCUCCUUCACCUACACUUCAUCGCAUAAAAUUUUUAUACCCAAAUGAAUUCUAUGUUGUUGUUGCUUCAAGUGAUGAAAGUGUUCAUGAUGAACCCGAUGAUAUUGUGUUUCGAAGGGAAGUGAAUGAUUUAAAAAUCGCAGACGAUGAGCCUCUGUCUCAAUAUCAACCUGAAAAGGUUGUCGUAACAGAAGAAGUGAAAGAAGAAAGUUUUGAAGAAAAGGUUGAAAAUAAAGUGAAAGUAUCGACUGGCUGUGGACCUUCACCAGAUCGUGAAAUUCAAGAAAUUUUUGCUAAUGAAGAAAAGUUGGAAACCUUCACUCCUUUAAGAGAAAUCCCAAGUCGAUCAUCAAAAGUGUCAAUUGGAACUUCUCCGCCACCUCAAAGUAUAUCCACCCAGACUUAUGACGUGUCACCUUUCGACAUCAAUUCUGAAGCGGAAUCGAGUCAGUACCCAGUCGAAGGACGCUUUUCAAAUCGCUUAAGAAGAAGUCAGUCGUUUGCAAACACUUCGAGACUUGUCGAGCCCCCGACGACACUCCAACGUUCGCUUAGUCGAAUGAGUUUUUCAAGUGAACUUCAAGAUUUUGAAGCGCUGAAGUUUGAGAAUUUUAUGAAUCAGAGAAGAUUUGAGGAGUCAUCAAACGCAUCUGCUGGGGUUCAUUUAGCAAAUCUUUUGCGGGAAGCUGAACAUUUUAAGUUCAAUGCCGAAGAAUUGCAAGCAGCUUUAAAUCAUUGCGAGGGCUCCAAUCCAAUUUUAUGGCUACGUGAAAAUUGGCAAAAAUUAAUUGAAACUGUUCAACAUUUAGCAACAAAGUAUGGGCAUGAAUUAAAAGUCAAUACCGUUGGAACCAUUUCCGCUAUUGAAGCAAGAGAAGCCCUCCGAUUACACAAGGGAAAUAUUUGGCAUGCUGUUACAAAGUGCAUUGAACAACGUCAAAAAAAGUACAAUGCAAUUGCUGCACGUGGAAAUUUUACUCGUGAGGAUAUUGUUACAAGUCUAACAGCACAUCACGGAAAUAUUGAAUUGGCUCUAAUCGAAUUGAACAAAACACAACUGAAACCCUUUUUGAUGAAAAUUUGGGGGCCUCCUUCGGGUGUUGAUAAUGAAAGUGGCAAUUACAUGAUGGAACGUGACACUUACAGUCUAGAUCCAAACAUUCAGGAAUAUUUAAAUAACAUCAUUAUUCAAAAUGAUAAUAAUUUUCAACAUCAUCAGAAUGAAUUUAAGGAAUAUUUUAGUCCAUCGUCGCCUCAAUCAAUGAGCUUUCAAUCAUCAUCAUUAGAUGAUCAAAUUUUCGAUGAAAAUAUAAAUAACGAAGAUUUGUUUACAACUGUGGAUUAUAAUUCAGUGAAUAAUGCCAAUUUGCUGAAGGAUAUUGAGAAUCUCAUUCAGAAUAUGGAACGAAAGCAAACACAAGAUAAUGAUUGUACAAUGUUGAAGAACAUUGAUAAUAUCUUGAGCAAUAUUAAAUUAAAUGAUUCGAGAUCUCAUUCACCUCAAUCAAAUUUAAGCAUUGAGCCUAUAAGGAUGAAAAGUCCUAUAAUGAUACCGAAUCGCAAUGAUGAUAAAAUUAAAAGCGAUGUUUAUAGCAUAAUCGACGACAUAAGGAAUUUUGUCUCUAACAAUAUUCAAGAUAUUGUGCCUGAUUUAGUCAGUCAAGUUGAACAGGAGAUUACAACAGAUUUGAGUAGCGAUAUUGCUAUGGAAAAUCUUGAAGAAUUUCAGCGUAAUCGACUUGAAGAGGAAUUUGAAGAAAGAAAUUUUUCAGCUAUUGAAAGCAAAGAAGAUUUUCAUUUUUCACAAGAAUUAGAAGAUUUUCUUCGUAGUCGUCAUGACGAAGAAUUUAAUGAAAGGAAUAGUGUCGUCGACCAAAGUCGUCGUCGUCGUACGUCAUCUGGUAAUAGUGACAAAGAAGAAUUCGAUGACUUUUUCAGAAGUCGCCACAAUGAAGAAUAUAUGGAACGGAACAAUGAUUUUCAUAAUGUGCAUGAUGAUGCAAGUCAUGAAUCAAUUAUGGUUGUAAGCCAAACAAAUGCGAACGAUGACUUUGACACGAUUGUAGCUGCAGCAGUCGAUGAUGCCGUGAAUGAGAAUGAAUUGAAUACACAAGAAAAUAUUAUAAUGGAUCAACUAACAAAAAAUUUGACUAACGAAGCUGAAAGUAUUGUUGAGAAUAUUUUCAAUGAGAGCUUGAGAACUGUUCUUCCUAACGACGUUGACGAUUUAAAUUCACAAUCGAACACUCAACAGUUAGAACCAUUGAAAUAUAAAUCGAGUUUCAAUUUGAAGAUAAACAAGAAACCAUCGAAACGUCCCAAAUGUGAGCGAGACUUCAAGAAACGCAACAGUUUGAUAUUAGAAAAUAUUUUAAUGGGAAAGAUGCCGUCAAUAUCAUCAACGAAAUCGAAACUGAAAUCUUCAACAAUGAAUGCUGAUUCAAGUGCUCAAGAUAACAAUUCUGUUUCUGUAUCGAUACUAAAUGAUUUUGUAAGCAACAUUAAUCAUCCUGCUGGCUUAAUAAGCGAAAAUAUUGAACAACAAUCUGUGCUAAAUCCAAAUGAAAUUAAUGUUUCCGGUAGUGAGAAGAAUGUUGAAAGUUUUGAGAAUGUCGGGAAUGAAGCAAACAUUAUUAAUGGCAGUACUCGAGACGAAGUCGAGAACGAAAGUUUAAUGCUCUUGGAAAAUUCUUCAACACAAAACGAUGUUAUUGAAGCACGAACUGAAACAGUUUCUGUAACAAUGAAUGAUGAAAGCGCGUCUUCCACGGCCGUUAUUAAUGAUGAUGAUACACAGCACAUCGAAGAAGUUUUGAUUAAGAAUUCUCACGAGAAUGAGAUUCAAUCUCUACCACAAACAUCAUCAAACACUUUAAGUUCAAAUGAAGAUGACCCUUCCUUGAAGGCACCUCAAAAUCUCUCCGAACUUGUUGAAGAUACGCAACGUUUGAUUAAACAAAUGAAGGAUGAAAUAAAUGCUAUUUAUGUGUCGGAUGAUGAGUAUGAAUCAAGUGAAGGUUCAGAAUAUUCCGAUGAGUGGGGAAUUGAAUACGAAGGUGAAGAGAUUGAAGAUGAGUAUUCAUAUGAAGAGUCGGAGUAUGAAGAUUGGUCGGGUGAUUACAUUGAAUCAGAGCAAACAGAAAUUACCACAGACGAACGUGAAUUGCAUGCUGAUGAACAGGUUGCGGUGGAUUUAACAAAUAUUAAUGGUUUAAAUCUAGAAAUUAGUAAUAUUGGUGAUUUAGCAAAUCCAAAUGCAAUGAACGAUGUUGAAAAUGCAGAAAAUUCAAACGAUUUUCAUGGCGAAUCGUUGCCAUUAACGCUGAUGUCAUCGGCUGAUCAUUUUCAACAAGAUUCACCAGGUAGCAUGGAAACAAGCUCAGAAGCUCUUAAAGAUAAUGACGUUAAUUUAAAUAAUUCACAAAUUCAAGCAGCUGAAGAAGUGAACGAUGAAGAAUUAACUCCCACUGCUAAUCAAGAAGAAGAAAAAGUAAAAGCAGCAGCCAUAAAUAACGAGAUUAAUGGCACUACGAGUUCGAUCAAAGAAAUAGUGAAUGAAGCUAUUAACGAGGUCAUUAACGCCAUUUCCCUUGAUGAAAGUGAUAUUAACGUUCACAAUGGUGCGACACAAAUUGGCGGAGUUUCGUUUCAGCAUGACGAGAACGACAACGAAAACGAUGAAAACGACGAACAUGACACAUCUAUUAUCGAUAGUAUUGCUAUGAAUAAUUCAGAAGAAAUUCAAUCGUCGGAAGUAAUGCCAAAAGUUUCUGAUACCACCAAUGAAUCGAUUACUUCCGGAAAUCAGUUAAAUUAUGAUGAAAUUGUUGAGGAAACCAUGAUUCUCUCAAUCGAAGAAGCAAGUAAUGAUGGCGUUGAACAAUUUGCAGUGUUGGAUGAUGGCGAGAAUGAUGGUCAGAAAAUCGACGAGUCACAAGAACCAUUAAUAAUUGAAUUGAACGUAGUUGUUGAUAACCAAGUUGAAAUGGCAAGUGCUGGAAGAAGUUCUGUGGAAACCGAUGAAACAGUGAAAUUAGAAGAGAAUGCAAAUCAAGAUUCAAGCGAACAAAAGCUCAAAGGUGCAAUUUCAAAAAGUAAAAUACCUGCAAAGAUAAAAAGUGAAAAGAAAAAGAAUUCAACAGUCAAAGACACUAACGAAAGAGCUUCGAAGGAAUCUGGUCAAAAUGAAUCUACAAGUUCAUCAUCAGAAAAGAUUAAAGCGCCUUUGAAGAAGGAAGAUAACACUAAAGAGGAUAUUUUACAUGCAACCAAUUCGAAACCGCCACAAGCAAUUAUAAAAACCGCUCCUGACUCUACAAGAAAAGGUUCGUUUGAUGCCAACUCGAAGAAAAAACCAUCAUUUGGUCUUUUAGUUACUUCAAAUGUUAAAAAUCUUCAAAAGGAAUUUCUAAAUAAAUCAAACAUUGCAACAUCUUCCAAACCACAGCAAGCACAGCCAUCAAAGCUAAAGCCAACAAAAUUAGUCCCACAAAAGUCAUUUUCCAAUAACCCAACGCAAUCAUUUGCCAAUAGGCUUACAAAAUUAAUCACCCCGUCAUCGAGUACGAAAAUUUCCGACAACUCUGAUCAAAAAGAAAGCCAAAAGGAAUUUAGAGAUCACAGCAAAGAUGUCGUUCCAGAGAAAAAGUACAUGGAACAUUGUUUCAGUGAUGAAUAUCCGACAACAGAUGACGAUGAAGAGGAAAGCGCAAAAGCAGUAUCAACUUUUCUGACUAAAAAGCCUCCAACUCAAGAUUUCGAAGAUGAAACAUCUGACCAAAAGGUCAACAGAUUUCUACUCGAAGGUUUGGUGCCGAAUCACUUAGCAGCAGAGUUGGCAGUGUCGUUAAUUGAAAUGAAAUAUCCACAAGAAUCUGCAUUGUGGGUGUCAGCUCAAGUAUCAACAAUUGAAGAUGCUAUCGAACUACUACAACAAGAAUGCGAGUUGUGCACUGAUAAAUAUCCAUUGAAUCAAAUGAUUACCAUGCUUAAAUGUGAACAUCAAUGCUGCAAGGAAUGUGCUUCUAAUUACUUCACAAUUCAAAUUACUGAUCGAUCGAUAAAUGAUUGUGUCUGUCCGUUCUGCAAGCUACCUGAACUUCAUGAUUCUGAUGAAGAUUCAAUUCUUGAAUAUUUUUCCAACCUCGACAUUUUACUCAAGAACAUUUUGCAAUCUGAUGUUCAUGACUUGUUUCAGCGUAAAAUACGUGACAGAGCGCUUUUACGAGAUCCUAACUUCAAGUGGUGUGUUCAGUGCUCAUCUGGUUUUUUUGCUCGUCCAAAACAACGUCGCUUAAUUUGUCCUGAUUGCGGCUCGGUGACUUGUGCAAAGUGUAGAAAAUUGUGGGAAAAACAACAUGAGGGAUUAUCAUGUGAGAAGUUCGCUGAAUGGAAGGAGGCGAAUGAUCCAGACGUACAAGCUGAGGGUGUGGCAAAGCAUCUAAAACUCAAUGGCAUAGAUUGUCCGAAAUGUAAAUUCAGAUAUGAUUUAGCUCGUGGCGGAUGCAUGCACUUUACAUGCACUCAAUGCAAGUACGAGUUUUGCUAUGGAUGCAACAAAGACUUUCUCAUGGGUGCGAAAUGUAAAGUAUCAUCUUAUUGUGCCAAACUUGGCUUACACGCUCAUCAUCCUCGAAAUUGUUUAUUCUAUUUACGUGACAAAGAACCACAAGAACUUCAAAGUCUUUUGAAGAUUAACAAUAUCGAAUUCGAUGAAGAUUUUCAAUCAUCGUCUGAUGGCGCAAAAGCUUUUGUGAGAUGUCCCGUACAAUUGCAGAAAGAAACACCAUCGGGAUUAGUGGACACUGUAUGUAGCAAUGAAGUGCCAGAUGGUCAUGCUGGUUUGUGCAGAUCACAUUAUGUCGAAUAUUUGGUGUCAGUUGUUUACCAAGCUAAUAUCGAUCCACUUCCUAUAUUGGACUUAACUGAUUGUGUGCAGGAAUUAAGACGACGUGGGAUUCCUUUACCCGAAAGAGGACCAUGGGACACUGACCCAAUUUAUCGCGAAAUGUGUCAAAAAAUUGUGAAAGAAAACAUCCCUCUGGAAUAAGUGUGAAUAGAAACAUAAAAUUGAUUCUAAGAUAUUUUUUCUCUUUUUUUGUAUUCACUGUGCAUUAUCAAAGAUGUUGAAUGAAGAUAUAGAAAUAAAGUUUUCGCAAUAAAAAAACUAGUUAAAUA